GGUCAAGGCCGUAGUUUAAAAACCGCGAGGUCAUUACGGUUCAACACACAGAACAAGUUUCUAUCAAUAAUUAAAAGAUCACCGUUUUCUACUCGAGAAGAAUGUUGUAAGGUUCGGGAUCUGCUUCUUAGGAACCUCUCUAAAUUAGGGAACAAUGUAAGUUAUAUUGUGUUGUGUUAGAUACUGGAAAAACAGUGACUGAGAAAGAAGACUGUUUAAAAAUUCAACAAAAAUGACUAUGUUAAGUAAUGAAGCCCAAAUAAGGUAUUUAGUGCAGUGGUUCCAGGAAUGGAGUGAACUGCAGAGAUCCGAUUUUCUGCCCAUAAUGGCUGAAAAGUAUGCUAAUAAGGCUUAUGUUAAUGGAAUAACUAACAGUAUUUCCAAUGUUGAUUGCAGAGAUAAGCCCAUGUCCUUAUUUGAAUGCCGAGUUAAAUUGUUUAAAGAAUGGUUUAUGCAGUGGACAAUUGAGCAGAAGGAAAGUUUUCUUACGAGAAUCUCCGAAAUAGAUGCUUCGUUUGCAGAGAAACUGAACGGUGAGUUAGAAAAUGGAGUUUCUCAUGUAAAUCACGAAGUAAACGGCGAAGUGGUGUUAGAAGACUAAAACAUCUUUGUUCUCAUACUGAUUAUUUAACAAAUAUAUUUUCCGUUUAAAUAUUUUAUUGCCGUAUAAAUUAUUACUCAGUUUUUUAACGAUUUUAUAAAAUAAGUAAAAAAAUAUUGUACAUAGGGGGGUGUGUAGGUAAUAAUUUGUAAGGCAUAUAUUAUUAUUAUUAUUAUUUAUAUUUAAAGUGUUAUAUAUGAAUAUUUUGGGUAUGAAGUAGAGGGAUUUUUUGCAAGAAAUGGAAUGUUUAACCGUCUAUGAAUCGAAUAGUAUUUGAUGUGAUAUUUUCAGAUUUUUAGUUCCCGUUAAUGAUAUAUUUAUAAUUUGCUAGGCAUUUAUAUAAAAGUAGUUUAAUUUGUGUUACAUCAAAAGAAAAAUAGAAACACUGAAAUAAAA